UUGGUUGGGCUAGCCGCAAGGAUUUUUAACCACGCAGGAUGUCGUUCUACGCUCUCGCCGUGUACUGCGCUACCGUGUUUGUGCUCGUCGCGGCUCAGGAUCUCGAGCUUCCGGUGCAGACUUGCAAGCGGGAUGCGUCUGACUAUACAUCUUGCCUGAGACUUGCGAUGCAAGAAGCAUGGCCAAACUUCAUCGCAGGUAUACCGAAAUUAGACCUGCCACCUCUGGAUCCGUAUUUUCUUGAACACCAACAUACCGAAUACGAAACCGGUGACUUACGUGCAGACGUAACAGUAAAAAAUGUUAAUAUCUAUGGACUUUCGAAGAUUACCUUCUUGGCUGUAAGGCCGCAUCAUUCUGACAAUGCCUUCAGAUUGGAAGUCGAUCUCGAAUUGCCAAAGAUGCUUAUCGAGGGUAAUUUCAAGGCGAAUGGAGCUUACGGAGCGUUACAAAUUGGCGGCGAAGGAUUUUUCAAUAUUAGUUUGGAGGAUAUAAAAGACACAUGGUUUAUGGAAGGACCUGUAGCAAACGAUAUAUGGACGCUCGAACAUUUCCGUCUAACUCCGGAAAUUGGAAAGAUGACAGUCUGGUUUAGCGAUAUGUUCAAUGGCAACGAGCAACUUAAUAACAUAGCUUUGAACUUUGUGAAUGAGAACUGGCCGUCGUUGUACCGAGAGAUGUUGCCGUUCCUGUCGAAGAACUUGGAUGAUUAUCUCACCGAAGUUGCUAACCGUAUAUUCUCGAAGGUUUCCUUCUCGAAGACGUUCCCUUGAGGGCCUUGAAGGCUAUUCCUCGUGCUAGGGCACGUACAUAGCGUAGUUUAAAUAUAAUCGAAGGUGCGCCAAAUUUUUGCAGCAGCAAAUACAUUAGUCGACUGCUUGAAACCUCGGUGCGGAGGAAUGCAGAGUUCCUCACUUUCUCUCUCUAGAGUCUGCAGACAUUCCGAAGUGAUAAUUUUUGUUUCUCAUCGUAACGUGAUAGUGUUAAAAUGAUAAAUUUGUACAUCGAACGUCGACACGCGUGUGAAUAAUGCGGCAAGUUUAUUGUAUAAUUAUGUAUAACGUGUAAACGAAAUAGAUUACUUCUGUCAUUAUUACUAUUAUUGUGUUACUGCUAUUUCCACUAGAGAAGUUAUUUAUAUAAAGUACAGAUGUAUUAGAAAUAUCAAGGGAAAUAGAAAAAGAGUGCCAAAACGA